AUGACGGCAGAGAAGGGUCAUGAAGGUGCUGAAGCUGUAUGCCUACCUCCCGUGUCGCGAUCAACCAGCAGUUCCCAUCUGUGGUCAGAAAAAUCUACAGCUCUCCCUCCCCGAGUUUGCGACCUCCUAAGGUCGAGCACCAGCUCAGGAGAUCCUGGAUGCCCCUCGUUUGAGCACCGCUGCAUCAUCAACCUGGCUCAAACUUACUUCCCAGUUCCACCGCCGCCACCGCCUGCUCGGAAAAUCAAUCCUCACAAAAAAUAUCAGUACCUUCUCACUGCACGUCCAGAUGUUGUUCUUGAGAAAUCGAAGAGAUUAGGAAAGGGUGCCUUGGCACAUUACAACAGAAGGAAAAAGAUCAAGUUUGAGCUCUUGGAUGUCAUGCCUGUGGUCCAGAUGCCUGAGUCAGGCCGUUUGUAUACACACGUUAACUUCACUGCAAGGUCCAGCAAGGAGGGUUCGAAGGAACAGCUUUUCUUUGCUGAGCUUAACAACUGUAGCAAAAGGAGGGAUCCAAGUGGCUUCCUUGUGACUUGUUGUGAACCACUGGGUUCUGAUGGUACUGUUGGACACAAAGGGUUUCAGCUUGAUGGUGCCACGGUGGUGAGGAAGAACAUUGACUUCACACGCUGCUUUGCAUGCGGUCCAAGGAUGCUGCAUCCCAGGGGUGACAAGUACAUUGCUGGGCACUACAACGUUGCUCACAUUUACACCAAUACAUGCUAA